UUUUUUUUAUAAUAAUAUAAUGGUUGUAUCGUAUUAUUUUCAUCGAGAUUGAAAAGAGCUUUCAAAUUUUGUUGAAGCACGUAAAAAGCCUCCAGAAGACACUGGCCCCAGGAUUGUUGGGGAAGGACUUUUCAUAGAUGAAUGGUUGUGUGUAGGUCGAGAUGGAUAAUAAGAAAUUGUUAGAUUUGAUAAAAGGUUUUUCUGAGCAGAGUCGCAAAGUUGAAGAGUUACGUCAAAAGGUGUCACUUAUAAAGUCAAAGAUGUGUUGUGCCUAUGAUCUUUAUCGUUUUCAUGAAGAUUGUUGCAAGUCUGAUGAUGUGUUAUUGAGAACAUCAGUUGCAUUAUUUGAAGAUUCGGUGAACUCGAAAUGUAGUCAUAUGGAACCUUCUAUGGAAAAUGGCAAAUUUUUGAAAUUGGUAGAAGAUAUUGUAGGAUUUAGCAGUAGUGAUCUUGAUGUUUCGAUUAUACCUAAUGUGAAAGAUGAAAAAAUAUUGGUAAAUAAGGUGGAUGAAAAUAGUUUGAAUGUUAGUUGUGGUAAAAAGUAUUGCAUUGGUGAUGACAAUGUUCAGUUUGAAGACAGUGGGAAGAAUAAAGAAGUGUCUUUUGAAAAGGAAUCAUCAAUGUUGGAUGAAUGGAAUUGUUUCGAGACGAAUGAUGGAGACUAUAUGGAAGGGGGGUUGUUCAAAUCUAAGGUGUUAGUAUCAACAAAAGAUAAGGAGUCAAUAUCAAAUAAAACGAGAUUUGCGCGAGGAUAUGGAUGUUCUGAUCCAUAUGUUAAGGAAGAGAAAGAGUUAGUAGCUAUUCACGGUGGUUCUGGAUUUGAUUUAAACUUAUAUGAUAUUACUCAGUUUGAGUUGUCUGCAUUGGAUGGCAAAGUAAAAUUGGCUUGUGAGAGAAGCGAGGAGCACCGUAAAUUUUUAGAAAUUUCUGCAUUGUAUCCAGUAGUUUGUUCGACACCCUGUUUUAUUGGAGAGUCCUCAUUUUCUUCUUGCGAAGAAGGUGUGACUAAAUAUAUAUUUGACAACUCACUGAAUUGUAGGGAAGUUUUAUAUUUGAGUGAAAGAGUCGUGGGCCGGAGAGAAGACUUUCUAUCACUGAAUGUUAAUACAUUGAUCGGGACAAGGGUGGUGAACAUGGUAGUAGAUUUAUUGUGUGACUAUGAGGCUAAGCUAAGAGGACAUUCCAUGAAAUUUUGGUUUAUACCGACGAGUAUUUCUAGACCCUAUCUUGAAGAAGGUGCAAUUAAAGAUCCUACUAAUCUGCGAAGAUGGGUUGGGGAUAUAUCAGUUUGUGAGAAGAUAUUUAUGCCCCUUUUAGCAAUGCGUCAUUGGUUAUUAGCUAUUGUUAGUAUUAUUGAUGAAAGUGUAUAUGUUUAUGAUGACCUCCGUGUGGUGACUCCUGCGUUAGGAUUGGAAAUUAUCAGUGAUUUUCUUGUGAUAUUGGAUUUAGCGUUUCCUAAUGCUUUUAGCAUACAUCUUGGUAGGAGUUUCAAGUUUGAGAAGUUCAUUAUUAUGCAAAAGCCAUUUCAUAAGAAGCAAUGUGUAGAUUAUGAUUGUGGUAUAUAUGUGAUACAACUUAUGAGAGCUGCUUACACAAAUGGUCAAAUAUGUGUACACGGGCACCAGACAAUGGAAAGAGUUGUUGUUUCUUUGGCUAUUAUAUUGUCAUCUUUGAAUAAAAUGCGACUAGCUUUAAAGUAAAUGUUGUGCUGGUGUAUGUUCUGUGGAGAGAUAUGUGCAUUCAAUUGCGGUCCAUAUGAGAGUUUUUUCAAUUUGUUUUGAUAAUUUAAGGUUUUAGUAGAAAAAUAUAACUAUUGAUGUCAUGUAGGCAGUGAGAAUUGCUUUUGUGUUGAUAGAAGUUUCUUUUAUUGUGUGACUAUGAGGCUAAGCAUAGGAGUUGAUAUCAAAAUUGCCAUUGAACUGCUACUCUGCCCCCAUCAUCUGCAUAACAACAAUGCAUUUGUGUUGUAACUCUAAAACAAAUUUAGAAACAAAAUGACUAUUUCAUCACUU